CCUUGGUGGUGGAAGAGGGAGACCACCAAUCAAUGAAUCACAUUGCUCUGUCUCAUGUCAUUACAUUAUGGCUGAAGCCUCGAGCAGUGUUUUUAAAAUUUGUGACAUUCUGCAUGCCAAGAUCUUCUAACUACUGUACAGUCAAUCGAUGGAUAUUGUUAAUGACACAAUUUCAAUGUCUGUAGUUAUAGGCCUGCCAGACAACGGGUCACCCUCCACUCAAAUGCGGUAGACUUUGAAUCGCCUAAAUCAAUCUUUUAUCUAAGUAUAAACUCAUCACAAAAAGUUCUUCAUAGAGACUACCUCUUAAGAAGAAUGGCGAAGUUUCUGGCAAAAGUUUAUGCUCAAGAGGUUCAGUCAUAAUGAAAUGCGACAAUUACAAUGUAGCAAAUACAAAGUAGAGCGAUGUUACUGACUGGGUAGAGCACAGUGAAUUCCUGGCAGUAAUCUCAGAAGGCUUCUCCCCCCUCCAUCCCUGUAAUAUUCACCCAAUAAAGGGAGGUCUGAUUCAUUUUGGAAACUGUGAUAUAUACACACUACUGCUUCAGGCUUAGUAAAACUCAUUUAGACGAGCAAGUAUAAACCCAUAGUAGUGAAGUUGUCGUCUAAUAUUAUUUUUGUAAAAACUCAUUACCAUGGAUGCAAAACAGAUUGUACUAAAUUAUUUAUUGUAUUCAACAACAUUGCAUUCUAUCCACUGAAAUAUUUAGAGAAAUUCUUGUUGAAAAUGCCUAAAGCAUGGUUCACUCCCCAACAGUACAUACAAGCAAGGCAGUAUACAUGGCAAAAACUGGAGAAGGAUAAAAAUUUAGUUUUAGUGGACAUACCAGAGAAUGAAAAGAUAACAUACUUCAAUAGGCCCAAGAAGGAAAUUAAGAAAAGCCAGUAUGACAUUCUCUUUCACUUUGAACAUGGAUGGGAUCAGAAGAUGUGGCGCUCUGACCGCAGUAAUCCAAAGAUUUUUCAAGAUGGCAUACACAAUGAGGAAGAAGAACGAAUAGUACCAGUGCUUACAUCUUCAAUAUAUGGACACAGAAGGACUAACCUGGAAGGAAAGCCAUUGUUUGUGAACAAGCGAUUCCAGUCUACAAGAGAGUUCUACAGAGUUAAUAGUGUCAACAUGAAACCUUCCCGUGGUUUACCGAAGGACCAAAGCACCAACUGUGAAAUGUAAUUUUGUUAAAAUACAAUUAAAUAAAAUUUUUGUUUGUAUCUAA